GAGGCAACUUGGGAACCUCUUGCUUCCAGAUCUCUGGCCUUGAACCCUCCUGGCGCUCCUUCCCAUCCCUCAUCCCAUACGUCUCCGUACUUCACGUCCCUCAAAGCCCCGAUUCAGAAUCUUCCCCGGGGGCUGCGGUGCCCAGAAUGAUAAAAACAGGAUGCGUGUGGCCGGGCGGAGGGGAGCUGGGCUGGUGCGCCGCUGAGUUCAGAGGUAGGGCCACCAUUUGGCGAGUAACUUCUCGUCGCUGACAGACGGUGGCUGCCCCCUGCAUUCCUCCAUCCAACCAUGAACUGGUGCCGAUCAACACCGAGAGCGCACCGAAGAAUGUAGUGGACGCGGGAGAAGAAGCCUUCCGGGGUGGAAACACUCGGAAGAGUCUUGAGGAAGACGGCUCCACCAGAGUCACCCCGAGUGUCCAGCCCCAUCCCCAGCCCGUCAGUCUCCCCAAAAACAUGAGUGUGAGCCGGACCAUGGAGGACAGUUGUGAGCUGGACCUGGUAUACGUCACCGAGAGGAUCAUCGCCGUCUCCUUCCCCAGCACAGCCAAUGAGGAGAACUUCCGGAGCAACCUGCGUGAGGUGGCCCAGAUGCUCAAGUCCAAACAUGGAGGCAACUACCUGCUUUUCAACCUCUCUGAGCGGAGACCCGACAUCACAAAGCUCCACGCCAAGGUGCUGGAAUUUGGCUGGCCUGACCUCCACACCCCGGCCCUGGAGAAGAUCUGCAGCGUCUGCAAGGCCAUGGACACUUGGCUCAAUGCAGACCCCCACAAUGUCGUCGUUCUGCACAACAAGGGAAACCGAGGCAGAAUAGGAGUUGUCAUUGCCGCUUACAUGCACUACAGCAACAUUUCAGCCAGCGCCGACCAGGCCCUGGACCGGUUUGCAAUGAAGCGGUUCUAUGAGGAUAAGAUCGUACCCAUUGGCCAGCCGUCUCAGAGAAGGUACGUGCAUUACUUCAGCGGCCUGCUCUCGGGCACCAUCAAAAUGAACAACAAGCCCUUGUUUCUGCACCACGUGAUCAUGCACGGCAUCCCCAACUUCGAGUCUAAAGGAGGGUGUCGGCCAUUUCUCCGGAUCUACCAGGCCAUGCAGCCUGUUUAUACAUCUGGCAUCUACAAUGUCCAAGGAGACAGCCAGACCAGCAUCUGCAUCACCAUCGAGCCUGGGCUGCUCUUGAAGGGAGACAUCUUGCUGAAGUGCUACCACAAGAAGUUCCGGAGCCCAGCGCGAGAUGUCAUCUUCCGUGUGCAGUUCCACACCUGUGCCAUCCAUGACCUGGGGGUUGUCUUUGGGAAGGAGGACCUUGAUGAAGCCUUCAAAGAUGAUCGAUUUCCAGAAUACGGCAAAGUGGAAUUUGUGUUUUCGUACGGACCAGAGAAAAUUCAAGGCAUGGAACACCUGGAGAACGGGCCGAGCGUGUCGGUGGACUACAACACCUCCGACCCCCUCAUCCGCUGGGACUCCUAUGACAACUUCAGUGGGCACCGCGAGGACGGCAUGGAGGAGGUUGUGGGACAUACUCAGGGGCCCCUGGACGGGAGCCUGUAUGCCAAGGUGAAGAAGAAGGACUCCCUGCACGGCAGCACCGGGGCCGUCAACGCCACACGUCCUGCCCUGUCGGCCACCCCCAACCACGUGGAGCACACCCUGUCCGUGAGCAGCGACUCGGGCAACUCCACCGCGUCCACCAAGACAGACAAGACUGAUGAGCCUGCCCCCGGCCCCUCCAGUGCCCCUGCUGCCCUGAGCCCCGAGGAGAAGCGUGAGCUGGACCGUCUGCUCAGUGGCUUCGGCUUAGAGCGAGAGAAGCCGGGCGCCAUGUACCACACGCACCAUCUCCGGUCCCGCCUGGCGGGGGGCCCUGCUGCGCCCUCCUCUGUCCGCCACGUGGUCCCGGCCCAGGUCCAUGUCAACGGUGGGGCCUUGGCUUCUGAGCGGGAGACAGACAUUCUGGACGAUGAGCUGCCCAACCAGGACGGGCACAGUGUGGGCAGCAUGGGCACACUGUCCUCCCUGGAUGGGAUCACCAACACCAGUGAGGGAGGCUACCCAGAGGCCCUGUCCCCACUGACCAAUGGCCUGGACAAGCCCUACCCCAUGGAACCUAUGGUCAAUGGCGGGGGCUACCCCUACGAGUCUGCCAGCCGUGCAGUGCCUGCCCAUGCCGGCCACUUGGCCCCUAUGCGGCCCUCCUACUCCGCACAGGAGGGUUUAGCUGGCUACCAGCGGGACAGCCCCCACCCAGCUUGGCCACAGCCAGUGACCACCUCCCACUAUGGCCAUGACCCCAGCAGUAUGUUCCGCUCUCAGUCCUUUCCGGAAACUGAGCCCCAGCUGCCCCCAGCUCCGGCCAGGGGGGGAAGCAGUCGGGAGGCUGUGCAGAGGGGCCUCAACUCCUGGCAGCAGCAGCAGCAGCAGCAGCAGCAGCAGCAGCAGCCUCGCCCGCCUCCUCGCCAGCAGGAAAGAGCCCACUUGGAAAGUCUUGGGCCCAGCAGGCCCAGCCCCCAGCCUUUGGCAGAGACCCCCAUGCCUGGCCUCCCUGAGUUCCCAAGGGCAGCCUCCCAGCAGGAGAUCGAGCAGUCCAUUGAAGCCCUCAACAUGCUGAUGCUGGAUCUGGAGCCAGCUGCUGCGGCUGCCACCCCCCUGCACAAGUCCCAGAGUGUCCCUGGGGCCUGGCCAGGGGCCUCCCCACUCUCCUCCCAGCCUCUUUCCUGCUCCUCCUACCAGUCCCAUCCACUGACCCAGUCCAGAUCUGGCUACAUCCCCAGUGGGCAUUCCUUGGGAACCCCCGAGACGGCCCUGCGAGCCUCGCCAGAGUCUGCCCCUCCUGGCAGGUCUUACUCACCUUAUGAUUACCAGCCGUGUCCAGCUGGGCCCAACCAGAGUUACCGUCCAAAGAGCCCAGCCUCUCCCUCCUCCUUGCCCGCCUUCCUUUCAACCACCUCCAACCCUCCAGUGCCUCAGCAACCCCCGGCCUCUCUCCCUGGCCUCACCACUCAGCCUCAGCUGCCACCAAAGGAAGCGACUUCAGAUCCAUCCCGGACUCUGGAGGAGGAGCCCUUGAACCUGGAGGGACUGGUGGCCCAUCGGGUAGCAGCGUACAAUGCCAGACUGCAGGGCAUGGGGCAGAGCAGCUGCUGGCACCCUCCUCUCCACCGGCUCCGAUCUUCCUCCCUCUCUGGGGUGCAGGCUCGGGAGAAGCAGCCUGCAGAGCCCCCGGCCCCUCUCCGGAGGCGGGCGGCCAGCGAUGGACAGUACGAGAACCAGUCUUCGGAGCCCUCAUCCCCCCGGAGCCCUGGGGUUCGCUCCCCUGUCCAGUGUGUGUCCCCAGAGCUGGCUCUCACCAUUGCUCUCAAUCCUGGAGGGCGGCCCAAAGAGCCCCAUCUGCACAGCUACAAGGAGGCCUUCGAGGAGAUAGAAGGGACAUCUCCAACUAGCCCACCGCCCAGUGUGGUGCGCUCCCCUCCAGGUCUGGCCAAGACACCCCUCUCUGCUCUGGGCCUGAAACCCCACAACCCAGCGGACAUCCUGUUGCACCCCACAGGCGUCCCCAGAAGGCUGAUCCUGCCAGCGGGCAUGGGCGGUGCCACUCCGACUCUGCCACCCCCCUGGCACGGUGGCUGGAGCUUCCAUAAAGCUUUGCCCGCUUCCAGCCGGAGCUCAGGCGACCACACCAGGCUGCCUGGGGGUCGCAGAACCAGGCAUCCCCAGCAACCGAUCCCGGAGCAGGAGCCGAGGAGCUACGUCGAGUCGGUGGUACGGACGGCGGUGGCUGGGCCUCGAACUCAGGACCCUGAGUCCAAGAGCUUUAGCGCCCCAGCUGCCCAGGCUUAUGGCCACGAUACCCCCGUGAGGAACGGCGCUCUGGGCGGCUCCUUCGUCUCCCCUAGCCCCCUCUCCACCAGCAGCCCCAUCCUCAGCGCUGACAGCACUUCGGUGGGCAGUUUCCCAUCAGGGGAGAGCAGUGACCAGGGCCCCCGGACACCCACCCAGCCUCUGCUGGAUUCCGGCUUCCGCUCCGGCAGCCUGGGCCAGCCCAGCCCUUCGGCUCAGAGAAGCUACCAGAGUUCUUCUCCUCUUCCAACGGUGGGCGGCAGCUACAGCAGCCCCGACCCCUCGCUCCAGCCGUUCAGCUCCCCAGACAGCCAGGCCCGGUCUCAGUUCAAUGUAGCCGCUGUGCACACGGUACCCGGGAGCCCGCAGGCGCGCCACAGGACAGUGGGCACCAACACUCCUCCCAGUCCCGGCUUUGGCCGCCGGGCUGUCAACCCAGGCAUGGCUGCCCCCAGCAGCCCUGGUAUGAGCCACCGCCAGGUGAUGGGCCCGCCAGGAACUGGUUUCCAUGGUAACGCCGCCUCUAGUCCCCAGAGCAGUGCGGCGACCACUCCAGGAAGCCCCAGCCUGGGCCGGCACCCUGGGGCCCAUCAGGUUUCAGGCCUCCAUGGCAGCGUGGCCACCACUCCAGGGAGCCCCAGCCUGGGCCGGCACCCUGGAGCCCACCAGGGCACCUUGGCCUCCAAUCUCCACAGCAACACAAUAGCCAGCCCUGGAAGCCCCAGCCUGGGCCGUCACCUCGGAGGGCCCGGAUCUGUGGUUCCUGGCAGCCCCAGCUUGGACCGGCACGUGGCCUACGGCGGCUACUCCACCCCCGAGGACCGGAGACCGACGCUGUCCCGGCAGAGCAGCGCCUCGGGCUACCAGGCUCCUUCCACACCCUCCUUCCCGGUGUCCCCUGCCUACUACCCUGGCCUGAGCAGCCCCACCACCUCCCCCUCGCCGGAUUCAGCAGCCUUCCGGCAAGGGAGCCCGACACCGGCCUUGCCCGAGAAGUGGAGGAUGUCCAUGGGAGACCGAGCGGGCAGCCUCCCCAACUAUGCCACCGUCAACGGGAAGGCAUCCUCCUCGCCCGUCACCAGUGGCAUGUCCAGCCCCAGUGGCGGCAGCACCGUCUCCUUCUCACACACUCUGCCCGACUUCUCCAAGUACUCCAUGCCAGACAACAGCCCUGAGACCCGGGCUAAAGUGAAAUUUGUCCAGGACACUUCCAAGUAUUGGUACAAGCCCGAGAUCUCCAGAGAGCAGGCCAUCGCACUCCUGAAGGACCAGGAGCCGGGGGCCUUCAUCAUCCGUGACAGCCACUCCUUCCGAGGGGCCUACGGGCUGGCCAUGAAGGUGUCUUCUCCCCCUCCGACCAUCGUGCAGCAGAACAAAAAGGGGGACAUGACCCAUGAGCUGGUGAGACAUUUCCUGAUAGAGACCGGCCCCAGGGGGGUCAAGCUCAAGGGGUGCCCCAAUGAGCCAAACUUCGGGUCUCUCUCUGCCCUGGUCUACCAGCACUCCAUCAUCCCAUUGGCUCUGCCCUGUAAGCUGGUCAUUCCAAACCGAGACCCUACAGAUGAAUCGAAAAAUAGCUCGGGCGCUGCCAACUCAACCAGUGACCUGCUGAAGCAAGGGGCAGCCUGCAACGUGCUCUUUGUCAACUCCGUGGACAUGGAGUCACUCACGGGGCCACAGGCCAUCUCCAAAGCCAUCUCCGAGACCCUAGCUGCUGACCCCACGCCAGCUGCCACCAUCGUGCACUUCAAAGUUUCUGCCCAGGGAAUCACGCUGACCGACAACCAGAGGAAGCUCUUCUUCAGACGACACUACCCUCUCAACACUGUCACCUUCUGCGACCUGGAUCCACAGGAGAGAAAGUGGAUGAAGACAGAGGGAGGAGCCCCCGCGAAGCUCUUCGGCUUUGUGGCCCGGAAGCAGGGCAGCACCACGGACAACGCCUGCCACCUCUUUGCUGAGCUCGACCCCAACCAGCCUGCCUCUGCCAUCGUCAACUUCGUCUCCAAGGUCAUGCUGAGCGCCGGCCAGAAGAGAUGAACUCGCCCCACGCCCGGGGCCAGGGCAGUGGGGAUGGGCAUGGCGGGAGGGGACCCAUGAAUCCUGACCACCUUUGAAUCCAGAGGGAGGACUUGGGGCCAAUUUUGGAGAAGGAGAGAAGAAAGUGCAACGUGGGGAGAGGGAAGUGAAUUGCGGAGGGGAGGGGGGAGAGGGAGAGAAAGAAAGAAAAGGAUGGAGGAGGGGAACUCGAUUCCCGUGGGUGGAUGGCCGCUGCGCAACCCCGAAGCCUUCAAAACUGACCAGGUCCACCUGAUGCCCCCUCCCCCUCCCAGGGGGUGGAGCCCCUCCAGGGAGGCAGAACCGACCUCCUUGGGGGUCCACACUUUGGGGAGAAGUGGAGAAGUGUCCCUCUAGCCCAACCGCUUUGCAAGGAGAAAUCAAGUCGAGAGCAUCUUUUUCCGGCCACCUCUAGGGUACCUUACCAAACUAAGAAGAGCCAGCGUGGGGCACCAAGUGGCAGGAUGUUUGCUUUUGAAAGUAUCACAGACCUGGGGCACCUAAGGUCUCUCUGCUCUGCCUCCGAUGUAUAGUUUGCGUGGGGGAUGCAUGUGGGGUUGUGUAUAUGUCGGCACCCGCAUCCCCACUCGUGGAGUUAUAGUUGCCUCUCUGCUAGAAUUAUAAACAGGUGUACUCGCCCAGGUUCCUUGUGUUUGCGCACACACGCAUUCUGUCCAAAGCAGGUUCGAGCCGCCGCGGCACGGCAUCAGGGAGGGGACGGCAGCCUUCUCCCCGGGGGUACCCAGGAGUGUGGGUGACAGGCUCUGCCUUGGUCCCUGCACCUGUGCUCUAGCGGUCCCGAGUGCCUUUCCCUGGACCGAGAACCCAGCAGGAGUGGGGCAGCCCACCCUGCAGCGCCACCCGUUCUGCCUCCACCAGGGGGCGGGACGUUGAUUUGAGGAGGUGGAGACAUGCGUUUCCAUGGCCUUGGUUGGUGGGGGGAGAGACCCUCAGCUGCAGAUGCUGUUGACCUCUAGGCGUCUUUGCCGAAUCCUUUGGCCCAGCAGGGAGGUGGUCAGGCCGCUCCGCCAGCUCCCAGCCCUCCGCCCAUCCUUGGGUUUUGCGCCCGCACCAGCCUUAUCUCACUCAGACUUGCUUUACCUGCAUGAUGUCUUUCUGGGUGCUGGGGAUUGAGCCUUCCUGCUCUGCCCUGCCCUGCCCUGUUCUGUCCUGCAGGGUCCCUGUGUUGGGCUCAUCCUGGGGGACCUGCUUCCAGGAGCCCUGCCCAGCAAGGCCCAGGGGAGACACCUGCAGUCCUUGUCCUCGCCGCUGCGAGUGUCUGGGCUCUGACUGUUGCUGGGCUGUCCAGGGUGACCCAGCAGAGCUCUGGGGGCUGCUGCCUGUACACCACGUGGCCUGUGUACAUCACUGGAGCCUUACUCCUCCCCCUUCUGCCUUGGACUCCCCGGCAGAGCCAAACUGCCCGUGAGCAGAGGGCAGAAGGCAUGCGUGAGGCCGAAGGGCCUAGAGCGCCUCUGGGCCCUGGCGAAACCCCCAGCCUCCACCCAAAGACUCGAAGCUGACAUGGAAGGAAAAUCCACCGAGACUCCACGCUUGAGGGGCUCCUUAAGCCUCCGAGAGUCCCCUAGAGAGAGGCACUGUACUGAUAUAUAAAUAUAUAUAAUAUAUAUAUGAGACGUACUGACAGAUCCUGUAAGCUAAUAAAAUGUAAGAAAAGGUUAAAAAAAGAAUAGGUAAAUUGACAAGAAGUAUUUAUUGUUUUCCCACAUUGCUUUAUUGCCUCCUUGGGCGUAAACCAGUUCCCAUCCCUCUUUCCUGUUUGUAAGUGAAGCCUGAAAUGUCGAGGCCUUUGCCCUUGGGGCGACCAGGGGUCCCCUUGCCCUGCCUUGGCCUUCCCUGGGCUCUGCCUGGGGCUCGGCGGGGAGGGGGGCCCGUGCUCCAUCGCCUGUGCCCCCUUAUUUCCCGGCAGGCCCAGGCCUCGGCCAUCAGGCCCCGAGAUGAGCCCACUCACCGCGGUUUGAGCGAGGUUUGAGCGAGCGAGCGAGUGAGCCAGUGGGGCACGGGGGUGCGUGUGCGGGUGUCGGUGACGUGUGUGUCUUUUGUAUUCUUUCUCCUCCAAGUAGCUGCGCCUGUGUGGACACACUGUUCCAGGGCGUUGGAGAGGAGAGUGUCUGCAGGAGGCGGGCAGCGGCCCCUGGCUGCCCGGAAGUUGAGACCUUGUGCUUGGCGGCUGAGGUUCCUCCCAAGUGCCCUUCCUUCCGAGGCCUUCGGGCCAGAGGCUGGGGUUUCCCUCUGCUCAGUCCCCACGGGCCCCAGCUCUCUUCCCAGCUAGGAGGUGUUCCACCCCUUCCUUUGUAAAUAUCUCAGUGUCCCCCCCCACCCCUUCCCUACCCCGGACAGCCCCGGGGGUGUCCUCUCCACACUGAGGCUGGCCGGUGUGUUAGACCGUUGGGCGUGCCCGGGCCCAGGGUCCGCCUUCUCACGAGCUUUCCCACUGCCCACCACCGCCCACCUCCCAGGCAUGGCCAGCCCACCCCACUCAGGCCUGAGCCGAGUGUGACCCCCUGAGCAAGGACCCAGGGGCUGCUGGGAGGCUGACCAACACACUCCCUGUGCGGGAGUCAGUUUCCCAGAGUCCCUCUGGAGGGAGUCGGUUUCCCAGAGUUUGGCCUUUGCAGAAGGAUGGUGGGGAAGGGCGCCCCCGUCUCCACAGCGGCCCCCGCCCCUCGGGUCAGACACUGGCUGGGAAGACGCUGUAGCCCCACUCCCCCCCUCCGUCUCACGGUCAGGCCGUGCACCCACGCACAUGUACACGCACACCCCCCCCACAGCACUGCAGUGUACUCUUGCCAAAGAUGUCCUUUAAGAGAAAGCACUUUUAAUAAUUAUUGUUCGUAUCCUGUAAAUGUCGAUCCUUUUCUCUCUUCCCCCUUCCUCGACAUGUUUGCCGUUUAUUGUUGAGUCUGUCUGUCGGCCAGGAGAGUACUGUCUGGUCUUGAAAAUAGCCUGGGGAGGGGGGGCGCUGGGAGACGCCUGGUCAGCUGGUGACCGCUCCAGGCCCAGCCUGCUUCUCGCUGUCCAGCCAGGCCCCACGGCGGACCUGGCCCAGUGUUGGCCGUGUGGCUCUUCCCAGGUGGAGCAAGAGGGGAGCACCGGGCAUGGGAGCAAUGGAGAGAUGACCCCAGAGGGGAAAUGCAGGGGGAGGUGAGCUGUUUGACCAACCUCCAAGGGCGACCGGAAUCCCCUACCCCGAGGCCGUGGUGUUACCAGCCAGGCGUGUGAGGGACAGACCGGGCAGGUUUGGGAAAGGCCCUCUGACCUGGGCUCUCAUGGAAGCUUUUCCUGCAGUGGCUCCUAAAGCGCGUGGACUUCCAGAAUUCCUCCCCCUCCACUGGGUUCCGAGGACUCCCUGGGCGCGUCAGGCACUGGCAGGGCAGAGGGUGCUCGGUGGCUGUGUGACCAUAAGUGGAGGCAGCUGGCUGGACAGGUGUGAUCCUUCGGCCCAGGGGCUCCCAGGAGGGGGGUGACCAGGACGUCCUUCCGCCCCUCCCUCGAGGGCGCAAGCAGAGACCGGCCGGCAGCUCCUGCCGGGCAGGGUGUGGAGGCGUCUGCAGGUGGAGCAGCACCUGUGCCCUGGACGUGCACCGCCACCCUACCUCCCGGGGCCUCUGCCCUUCGGUGUUUCUUCCCACCUGGGGAGCAAGCGGGCCGAUGGCCUGUCCAAAGGCAGUCUCCUGCCCCCGUGCCUCCCUCGCUCGGGGUCCUUGGAGAGGUCAGCGGCAGGGGCCUGGAGCCAGUCCUCACCCGGGGCCAGGCCCCGGGGUCCCAGGCUGGAGGCCCCCGGCCGGUGGUAACACGGGACGUGUGUGCGUGUGCGUGCAAGUGUGGGUGUCUGUGUGUGCGCAUUUUGCUUGUAUCUCUAGGGAAGUGCGGGGUUGGGUUGCAGGAGGUGGGCAAGAGGAGGACGUCACCUUUAAUGCCAUCCCACGUGGAAGGAAUCAGGAGGCGGGGCCUGCAGGGCGCCCACGGGGGGGGCUCUCCGCGCUGCCGAUGGGGUGAGGCUCUGCUGUCCUCGCACGGUCGAUCGAAGUGUUGGAGGACCUCUAGCCGCUGCGUGAUUGUGGAGGGAUGUCCCCAGUGUGUUUUCUGAUCAGUGUCGAGCGGUUCGAGACUCUCCUGUGUCCGUGUGUGGUCUGUGUGUGUGUGUGUGUGUGUGUGUGUGAGGAGCACACCUGUGACUGCAUGCUGUGUUUCCCCACUCCUCCCCUCCUCCCUCUGACCUGCCACUCGAAACAAGCGUGGGAAGUUCCUCCUGCCCCACCCCUACCCCCACUCCGCCCCUGCCUCCCAGCCCUCUGCCGGAAAAACAAUAACCCAGCUCCUCCCACCCCCUGACUGUAUUUAUAUAGUUGGAAAUAUACCUUCUGUUUUCUAUCCUUGUGCCUAUAACCUCCGCCACCUUGUAUAAACCCUGGUGUAUGCUCCUUACCCCGGACACGAAUGUAUUGUACACUGAUGCUGUCCCGCUCCUGUACAGCUGCUUCAAUGUUUCUUUGCGACCCAUUGUAUGGCUUUAUAAAUGAUAAAGUGGAAGAAAAACCA